AUGGACUAGCGAUUUCCGUAGAGGAGGUUAUAUGCUUGUGUUGCAAUUCCUGUGCCAUACGGUUUCUAUUCCAGAGAACGUAGAGGACGUUAUAUGCUUGUGUUAAGCAAAAUACAGAGCUUGUAUCCAUGGCCAGCCUCGAUCCCACGGGUGUGCUGAGAGCGCUUGUUUCUGAAGCUGUCAAAGAAGUGAUUGGGCUUGCCAAGUCUGCAAUUCAUUGCAAGGAGAAGUGCAGCGAGUUGGAAGAUUCAUUGACCGAAGCAUCCGGUCUGCUAGGUGAAAUGAACAAAUAUUCUGCUGCUGAGGGCUCUCUGAGCUCCUCACAACUGGAUAUCUUGCUGAAAGCCCUCAAAGCCAAGGUUGAAGAGGCUAAACCUCUUGUUCUUGAAUGCCAGUCUCUACAAAAUCCCGUUCUAGACGGCCUAAAGAGGAUAACGCUUGCUAUCAAGAUUGACCACUGCUCCAAGGUAAUCCAUGAGCACUUGGCUGCUGCUCCUCGAAAUCUUGUUGUUGAGCUUUUGAUGAAGAAGCAAAAAGAGGUGCCCUCUAAUGUGGUUCCAAAGGAAGAACAGCAUGUUGUUCCUUUGGAUGACCACAUUUUCGGCAUGGAAGAGACGCUGGAGCGGGUUGUAUCAGACUUGCUGGGGUCCCCUGUAAGCAGCAAGUGGGUUGGAGUCCAUGGAGCAGGAGGUGCUGGAAAAAUACUCCUGGCCAAACGAGUAUGUGACAACGAUCAAGUAAAGGGGCUUUUUGAUCCAGUUUUGUGGCUAACAUUUGGUCAGUCGUUUCAGGUGGAAGCAAAGAAACACGAACUUGCCAAGAAAAUCCGACUAGAAGGUGAUCAGAUCAGCUAUGAAACACUGAAGAGGGGGCUUGAUGGGAAGAGAUGCUUGUUGGUGUUGGAUGAUGUAUGGAAGUCCAUCCAUUUGGAUUUAUUUGAUGUGGUGCAAGAGAAUGGAAGCAAGAUCUUCAUUACCACUCGACAACGUGAUGUGCUUGACAGUAUUGAGUAGAGGUGCAAUCAAAACCGAGAUGGGGCUUUUGGGAAAGGAAGACAGCAUGAAGCUGUUCGCAGUCCACGCAUUCCCAAACCAAAAACAUGCUCAAGUCAGCAAGGUAGUAGUGGAGCAAGUUGUGGAAAAGUGUGGGGGGCUUCCACUGGUCUUGAAGGUAAUUGGCAGAAGAAUGGCAGGCACACAAGAUUGGGACUAUGUUCUGAGCAAACUCAAGGAUCAACGACUUAUUGCUCUUGAUGAGGAACAACAGGUACUGCAGCGACUCAAGCUGGGUUACGAUGCUUUGUUGCCUCUUGGCAUCCAACAGCACUUUCUCUUCUUUGCAGCCUUUCCAGAAGACUGGCGAAUUUGAUUCUGGGAUCUGUUCAGAUGUUGGACAGGGGAAGGGCUGGUUUGUUGAGAGUGGCCCUGUGCCACGUGGCUAGUCCAUGGAGAGACACGAGUCUUCACUGGUUCACCAUGUUACACAUAUGUACAUUUUCCAUUCCAUAUAUGCUAUGAUGGAUCUUGAGCACCA